GCGCCGACGUUCGCAGCCGCAGCGCGGAGCCACCAUGCGCCUCCCACCAGCCACUGCACGCUCCCUGAACGUCGGCCGCUGGUGAUGUCGUCUUGCCUGGACCGUGGCGUCAGCGAUGAGGUGGGUGGCGUACCCCUGUUGGCGGGCCAGGCAGCCGUCGACUACACGGUGCUGGCUCUAAUGGUGUUGGGAAACUCGUUCAUCGUGGCGUCCGUGUGCCGCUACAGGCGCCACUACCCAGUCCACGGGACGGCCGCUUCGGCGCGCUUCGCCGCCAACCUCGCGCUUGCCGACACGUACGUCGGCGUCGCCACCGGCUACUUCCUCGUCUUCCGCUACUUCUGCUGGGCGCAGGACGUGCUCGGCUCCCGGAGGUUCAGCUGCGUGCUGCGCUUCUUCCUCGUGAGCAGCGCCCACAUGACCUCAGCGUACAGUUUGGGAGCCAUCGCCCUGGAUCGCUAUGUGGCUGUCGUGCAUGCCCUGCAAUACAGGAAGAUAAUGAACCUCAGGCGUUCUGCGACGCUGCUUAUUCCCGUGUGGGUGUGCCCAUUGGCUACUUGUUCCCCACUUUUGUAUUGGAACAACUGGACGGAUGGUAUCAUCUGCGAGGUGGAGGCUGUUGUUCCUGUAGAGUUUGUGACGGCUAUAGGCAUGUUGACGCAUGCCAGUAUCAUUAUAACCGUCACCGUUAUUCAUUACCGUGUUCACAGGGAGGCAGUGGCUGUGAAAAAGAGGCGGCGCUGCGACGAAUCGCAGCAGGUGAUCUUCACAGUACGCUGCCCGGAUGGCAACCACCUUUCUGCUCCGAGACCCAUAAAUACCAAGUCUGCUCGAAUUGUUCUAUACGUGACGGGGGUGUACUUCUUCUCCUGGGCUCCUUAUACAGUCCUAUAUAUAAUUAAGUCAUGUGGCUAUUCUUCUCCAGAAAUUAAUGUCAUUUAUCGUCUCUGCUUCUCGUUUGCUAACAUAAAUUACCUUAUCAACCCAUUCUUGUAUUCUUGGAAUAAUUCUGCCGUCAGAAAAUCAAUCAUUAGUUCUCUUAAAUGUUUAGGUGUGCUGAAUAAUCAGAAAAAUGACGUAGGUAGUAGAAGUUCUUCAUCACGAAUCAGCAGUGCCGUCCCAAGCGGUCCUUCAGUACACGGCAUAAGAUGAGUGCUAUCUAAUUUAGGCUAUAUAUCACCAUGGUCAGAAACAAAAAAUAUUUACUAUUCCUGAGUUAACUAAAUGUGAUAUCUCGGCGUGAAUUAUUUCUGAUGCGUGUAUGAUACAAUGAGUAUCACACAACUGUGCUCGAAUAAGAAAACUGAAAGAGUGCCGAAAUAUAGUUUCCCGAAAAAACGGUGCUAUCUGGAAGACCUUCAGUGUAUAUUGUGCAUAUUGCGAGAGGAGUUUGUCUUUAAAUUAAAUGUUUGUCACAACUAUAGAACAAUAAAUGUUAUGCAACAUUUAAAGCCUAGACCGUAGUUUCUUUUUUAGUAUGAGACAUUGCUGAUACGUUUAAUAUCAAGACGUAUUUCACCUAAUUGCUGUCAUAUAAUGAGUCUGGCGGCAUUGUCGAACUGUAUGUAAUCUGCGGACAUCUAAAGAUAGCAAAUAACUUAUAUAGCGGUGAAUAUCUUGGGAACAGUGAAAGAUUAUUGCCUGAAGAUGAUUAAAUCAUUUGCGUUUCAAUGUGUAUUUUCCAUUUAAUGAGCAGAAAACAAGUAGUCAACUCGCCCCAAUAAUAGUACUUCAGGAAACAGUAUUUUAACAGUAUUAUGAUUUUGUUACAAUUUGAACACAAUAAUAAAGAAAUAUUUUUAUAUUAAGUUUCUAAAGUACUCUUUCUUUCACGAUAUAUAUAUCCCGACAGGGCAUCUAAAAGCUCAAUCAAAUAAGUGUUUUAUCCCCAGUUCACUUUGACGAAUUCUUUCACGUUAUCCUCUCCCUAAAAUGACUGUGACAAUAUGGUGGUCUACAAGAACACAAAUAACGCAUUUAUUCCGAUGUUUAAAAUCUGAUUCCAAGCGAAUAUGCACUACAGAGAAUGAUAAAUUUCCUUGCCUUUACGUAAAAACAAAGACAUAUUUUAAAGUUUGUAUUGAGCUUUUACGACAUUCAGACGAAAAGAAGAACGGUAAUAAGGAAGUUUAAGGUUAGAAAAGUCAGUCAAAUUACAAAUGUUAAUUUUACCAGUAAACGGUUACUGUAACGAUACUUUCCUGAGGCACUUAACUACUAUAUACGCAAAUCGUCUAUGUUUACUUACAGAUAACCGUAUAUAUUUCCUUCGGUGUACGUGAUACAUCAGCUUCACAUGACGGGGAAAAUUAGUCCAAAUUCAUUGUAUCCAAGUUACAAAAACAUGGGCUCUAAACAUUGACAAUGUAAGUGCAGGGAAUCUGGUCUAUGGUCUCUUACAUGAAGCACAAUAUUGUACAAUGACUUUUUUGUACAAGGUAAUUAAUUGACUAUUAUUACAGAAGGACUACUGAAAGCUAUCUCAACGACACUAAGAGAGAAGCUAAUGUGAUGUAGUAUAAACGCAAAGAUACAACGAAGUUUUUCCAAAGUGAUUAAAGUGGUGGAAAUGAAACUUAAAUUAAUUAA